AUGCCCGGGAUCCAGAAGCGCGUCAUUCUGUGGACGUGCCCAAGGAGCCUGUCCACCGCAUUCCUGCGCUCCAUCGCCACCCUCCCCAACGCCCAGGUCUUCCACGAGCUCUUCAGCACGGUCCAUUACUACGCCAGCGAUGAGCGGCGUCCCAAGAAUGACGACGGCGGCACGGCGCCGCCGCCGUUCGACCCCACCAUGAAGGCCGCCGCGGGCAUCCUAAAGGCCAACUACCCCGACAAGGACGCUGUGUUCGCCAAGGAGAUGGCGUACUGCGUGGAGGGGCAGCUGGAGGCGCUGGAGGCGGAGGGGAUCUUCGGCCCCGACUCCGGGUUCGUGCACAGCUUCCUGAUCCGCAGCGCCGACAGGGCCGUGUACUCGCUGUACAAGGCGUCCGUUGACGAGCGGCUGACGGGCUGGUCGAGCUUCGACCCCUCCGAGGCGGGAUUCCGCCAGCUGCGCGAGCUGUACGACUUUGUCAAGGAUCGUUCCGCCGGCGCCCCUGUCGUGAUCGACGCGGACGACCUGCAGAGCGCGCCCGAAGAGACGAUGCGGAGCUACUGCGACGCGGUGGGGAUUGGGUACAAGGAGGGCAUGACGAGAUGGGAGCCGGGUCCGGUGCCGGGAAGCAUUUGGGAGGGGUGGCACGAGGAGGUGGAGAAGUCGUCGGGCAUCAUACGGGUGGACGCUGCGGCGCGGAAGGCCGUGCCCACGGGCGACCUGCCGCCGGAGGUGCUGCGCUGCAUCGAGGCGUGCAUGCCACACUACGCCCUGCUGCAAGAAGCGCGGAUUCUGCCACGGCUGGGGCGAACCUAA